CACACUUCCUAUUCCGUGUUCCCAUGUCGGAUGGGCCAACGAUGUAGAUGAAAAUCACAGAAAAGAAAAGAACCUUGGGUGUGUGGGAGCCGCAUUCGGCCCACGGCCUCUACGCAACGGCCGGGCCAUCGUCUUCGAUUCGCAGUACAGCGGCAGCCUCUUGAUAUAUUUCUUUGUGUGUGCGAAGCUCUCGGGAUCGAAGCGGUAGCACAGCACCGAGCCUUCAAAUGCACACACCACCAAAACAUCAAAAUUGAGGGAUGGAGAGACGGCCGCUCCGCGGCAUAAAUACUUGUACAGUAACAGUGGGGCCGAUCCCUUUCCCUGCCCUCUCCCCUCAGAUCCCCCAGCCAUGCCCAUGUACAACGACCAGCACUGCUAUCCCUCCGCCCACAUGCAGCGAUCUCCGCUUGGACCCGCACGCCCGCUUGAGCCUCCGCGGCCGCAAAGACUGGGGCAGCAACGAUCCCCUCCAAUGGGCCAAGAGCAGACGCUGGAUGUGACUGUAGCGUUAGAGAACCAACAAGCGGAGGUGCGCCUCGAUGCCCAGUCGCCGUGGCAGGUCGUCCUCGUCCUCGCCGUCCUUGCCGUGUUCCGAGAGGGCUGGGGCUUUGGCUACGACAUCAGAUAUCAGUGGAACCGCAAAGAAUAUAUGCGCUUCUUCGUCGACGGCUCGCAAGACAUCCGGCGGUGGCUUGGACAGGAUCGUCCCUGAGAACCCUGGACGUUCGUUAGAUUAACCGUGUCUUGUGCCGCCGUUCGCUAGUUGUUCCGUACCCCGAGUGCAUGUCUUGUUCCUUCUAAGUCAAGCAGCGCCCAUCUCCCGUGAUGCAUCAGCACAAAUAAGCCUCGUUACAGAUCGGGGUCUUCCGAUGAUCCCGUCUGACAAUGCAGAGAAGACAUGAGGCGAUCCAGAGUUCCUGGUUGGCAAGGCUGCUGCUGCUGCUGUAUCAAUCAGCAUAUACACCAAGUGCAGCAAUAUCUUACAUACAGUACAUGCAUUCAUUCAUACAUAGCACACACACCCACACGCGUCCAUCUCACCCAUCCACAAACGCAAACCGGUCGCAGAUCAGCGCGACGUCCGAUAUCGUCUUCAUACGGGAGGCCAACAGAUCGAGCACGUC